AUGUCAAUUGAUUUCAAAUCAUCGGAAGAUUCUACAUCAACUGCAAGAUAUCAAGUAUUAAGGUCAAUGUCUUCUACGAUUGAAUCAAUGGGUAAAAACAUUAACUUUUACCAUUUUCUUCAUGAAGACAUUUCUUUCGAUGGAAAUGAAUUUCAAUCUAGAGAAAUCGAUGAUGAGUUGGGUGUUGAAAUUCCAGAAGAAGAUAUUACAUCUUCAAGAUCACUUAAUCGUGAGCAACAAGUGUAUAAUGUAGUGUUGGAAAAAGUUUUGUUAAACAAAAAUAUUGCAUUCUUUGUAGAUGGCCUAGGUGUGAAAGGGAAAACAUUCCUAUACAGGGCACUUGUAGCAACAGUAGGAUCAACAAACUUGGUAUCACUUGAAACUUCUUCAUCAGGUGUGGUUGCAUCUAUACUUCUAGCAGGUCGAAAAACUCACUCACACUUUAAUCUUCCACUUGAUACUGAAGAAAAAAUCACAUGUUGUGUGAGCAAACAAAGUGCACUUGCAACUACUUCGUGCAACAAAAUAUGGGAUGAGGCACCAAUGAUAAGAAAACAUCACAUAGAGGCAUUAGACAAAAUGCUACGAGACAUCAAUGAUUCUGAUGUAGCCUUCGGUGGAAAGGUUGUUGUUUUCAGGGGAGAUUUUCGACAAGUAUUACCUAUGGUUCAUAAAGGGACUAGACAAGAGCAGGUUAAUUCCAGCAAUGGAUUUCCACCUAACACAAAAGAUGAAAUCAUAAAAAUACCAAAUGGGAUGCUUGUUCCCUAUGAUGAUGUCAAGACUUUAUUAGAUCACUUAAUAAAAGACGUUUUCCACAACAUUCAAGAAUAUUCAGGAAAUAUGUCAACUAUGAUGAACCGAGCCAUACUAACACCAAAGAAUAGUUUUUUCGAUGAAAUAAAUGCAUUGUUAAUUCAGAGGUUUCUAGGUGAAGUCCAGCAAUAUUACAAUAUAGAUGAGACAAUAGAUAAAACUGAGCAAUCAGUUAUGGAAGAUUUCUUAAACACUUUAGCGCCUAAUGGACUUUUCCCUCAUGAAUUAUUACUAAAGAAAACUUGUCCCAUCAUGCUCCAAAGAAACAUUAAUCCUUCAGAGGGACUAUGCAAUGGAGCCCAUUUUAUUUGUCAGGCUUUCGAUUGA